AAAUCAAGACCAGAACCCACUUCCAUCAAUUCCUCAGGCAACCCCAGCCUAACGUGCAAAUGAGGAAAUCCUCCUUAGCAGGAAUAAGCUGCAGAGGUUCCCCCAUCCUGAUUUUCACUUCACAUUUUGGAUGCUACAAGCUGGGUGAGCAGAGAUACCAGGCGCUGGCCCAGGGGAGCUGCCCUGCAUCUGAGCGCUACCAUGAAUCACUUCCAGACCAUCCUGUCUCAGGUCCGGAUGUUGCUCUCUAGCCAUCGGCCGAACCAAGUGCAGGAGCUUCUGGACAACCUUCUGGCGGAAGAGCUCCUCUCCAGGGAGUACCACUAUGCCCUGCUCCAUGAGUCUGAUGGUGAGGCUCUGGCCAGGAAGAUCUCCUUGACCCUGCUGGAGAAAGGAGACCCAGACUUGGCCCUCUUGGGGUGGAUCUGGAGUGGGCUGCAGGCCCCCACAGCAGAGAGGGACCCCAGCUACAAGGACCCUGGUGGCAGUGGACAGUGCCCAACCAUGGAGCUGGGGCCUCUAGAAGGCAGUUACUUAGAACUUCUCAACAGCAGUGCUGACCCUUUGCAGCUCUACCACCUCUACGACCGGAUGGAUCUGACAGGAGAAGAAGAAAUAGAGCUCUGCUCAGAGCCUGACACAGACACCAUCAACUGCGAACAGUUCAGCAGGCUGUUGUGUGACAUGGAAGGUGAUGAAGAGACCAGGGAAGCUUAUGCCAAUAUCGCGGAAUUGGACCAGUACGUCUUCCAGGACACCCAGCUGGAGGGCCUGAGCAAAGACAUUUUCAUCGAGCACAUAGGAUUGGAAGAAAUAAUCAGCGAGAGUGUGGAGGUGCUGGAGGAAGCAGGGCAGAAAAGUCAGAAAAGACCCUUCCCAGAGGAGCUGCCUGUGGAUCUGAAGCACCGGAAGCUAGCCGAGCCCCUCACCAUGCCUGUGGUGACUGGCACUUUCCUGGUGGGGCCAGUGAGCGACUCCUUGGUUCAGCCCUGCCCGCCACCUCCUGCUCUGUUCAACACGGAGCCAGCAUCCAGCCAGACCCGGCUGAAGGACGCGGCGCCUCCUUCCAGUUCCUUGUUGAGCUGCCUGAGUCUUCCUGCGGGACCCAUUCAGAUUAUCCCCACUCUCCCCACUCUGCCUCAGGGGCUCUGGCCGAUCUCAGGGACUGGGACGGGGGUCUCCAGUAUACUCAUCUACCAAAGUGAGAUGCCCCCAGCCAGCCAAACACCCCCCUCCAGCGGGCCUGCUGUCCAGAGCCUUCCCAAGUCCCCAGACCGGCCUGGCUCCGCCAGCCCCUUUGCCCCAUCUGCCGCUGACCUCCCCAGCAUGCCCGAACCGGCCCUGACCUCCCGUGCAGGCCUGACAGAGGAUGAGAUGUCCCCCAGCAAAUGCCCAGCAGCUGGCGGGGCCUCCAGCAAACUUCCCAAGUGGCCUGAGAGCGUGGAGCAGUUCUACCAGUCACUACGGGACAAGUACCAGGCCCAGCCCACCAGCCCGGAAGGCACCCUGGUGGAGACGGACCUGGUGAGGGUGAGGCUGGAGAAGAGCAGCGGGAAGAGCCAGGAGAGAGAGCUGGCCACCCUGGACUGGGCAGAGCGGCAGCCGGCCCGAGGGGGUCUGGCCGAGGUGCUGCUGGCUGCCAGCGACUGCCAGCAGCCCCGAGAGACGCGGGUGAUCGCUGUGCUGGGCAAAGCGGGACACGGGAAGAGUCACUGGGCACGGGCCGUGAGCCGGGCCUGGGCCCACGGCCAGCUGCCACAGUACGACUUUGUCUUCUGUGUCCCCUGCCAUCGUUUGGACCGUCCGGGGACCUCCUACCGCCUGCAGGAUCUGCUGUCCUCCCUGGGCCCGCAGCCGUUGCCAGUGGACGAUGAAGUCCUCAGUUACAUCGCGAGGAGGCCCAACCGCAUCCUGCUCAUCCUGGAUGGCUUCGAGGACCUGGAAGCCCACGAUGGCUCCCUGCACAGCGCAGGGGGCCCCGGGUCGGCAGAGCCCCGCUCCCUCCGGGGGCUGCUGGGGGGCCUCCUCCAGCGCAAGCUGCUGCGGGGCUGCACCCUGCUGCUCACGGCCUGGCCCCGGGGCCGCCUGGCCCAGAGCCUGAGCAAGGUGGACGCCCUGUUUGAGGUGGCCGGCUUCUCGGUCCAGCAGGCUGAGGCCUACGUGAGGCGUUACUUUGAGUUGGAGGGGACCGCUGAGCACCAAGAGAGGGCCCUGGCGCUCCUGCAGGCCCAGCCGUUCCUCCUGAGCCAUAGCCACAGCCCCACCGUGUGCCGGGCCGUGUGCCAGCUCGCAGAGGCCCUCCUGCAGCGGAGCGAUGGAGCCCAGCUGCCCUCCACGCUCACGGGCCUCUACGUGGGCCUGCUAGGCCCAGCAGCUCGCGACGGACCCCCGGGGGCCCUGGCGGAAUUGGCCAGGCUGGCCUGGGAGCUGGGCCGUGCGCACCAGAGGGCCCUGAAGGCGGGCUGUUUACUGUCGGCAGAGGCGAGGGCCUGGGCUGCGGCCCAAGGCUGGUUGCGGCCCACCCCGGGGGCCCCGGAGACGGAGCUGGCCUUUUCCAGCUUCCUCCUGCAGUGCUUCCUGGGGGCCGUGUGGCUGGCUCUGAGCGGCGAAAUCAAGGACAAGGAGCUGCCGCAGUAUCUGGCCUUGACCCCGAGGAAGAAGCGGCCCUAUGACAACUGGCUGGAGGGCGUGCCGCGCUUCUUGGUGGGACUGGUCUUCCAGCCUCGCGCCGGCUGCCUGGGGGCCCUGGCAGGCCCGGCGGCAGCCACGUCGGCGGACAGGAAGCAGAAGGUGCUCACGAGGUACCUGAAGCGUCUGCAGCCCGGGACGCUGCAGGCGGGGCGGCUGCUGGAGCUGCUGCACUGUGCCCACGAGGCGCUGGACCCCGGGCUCUGGCAGCACGUGCUGCAGGGGCUCCCUGCCCACCUCUCCUUCCUGGGCACGCGGCUCACGCCUCCCGACACCCACGUGCUGGGCAGCGCCCUGGAGGCUGCGGGCCAAGACUUUUCCCUGGACCUCCGCAGCACUGGCGUCGACGCCUCCGGACUGGGGAGCCUCGUGGGACUCAGCUGUGUCACCCGUUUCAGGGCUGCAUUGAGUGACACUGUGGAGCUGUGGGAGUCCCUGCAGCAGCGUGGGGAGGCCAAGCUACUCCGGGCAGUGGAGGAGAAGUUCACCAUUGAGCCUUUCAAGGCCAAGUCCAUGAAGGAUGUGGAAGACCUUGGCAAUCUCGUGCAGAUCCAGAGGACAAGAAGCUCCUCUGAAGCAGCAGCUGGGGAGCUCCCUGCUGUCCGAGACUUAAAGAAGCUGGAGUUUGCGCUGGGCCCUGUCUUGGGCCCACAGGUUUUUCCUAAACUGGUGAAGAUCCUUGAGGCCUUUACUUCCCUUCAGCAUCUGGACCUGGACUCACUGAGCGAGAACAAGAUUGGGGACGAGGGUGUCGCCCAGCUCUCAGCCACCUUCCCUCAGCUGAAGGCCCUGGAGACACUCAACUUGUCCCAGAACAACAUUACCGACGUGGGUGCCUGCAAGCUGGCCGAGGCUCUGCCCGCGCUGGCCGCGUCCCUCCUCAGGCUGAGCUUGUACAAUAACUGUAUCUGCGACGCGGGAGCCGAGAGCCUGGCACACGCGCUUCCAGACAUGGUGUCCCUCCGCGUGCUGGACGUCCAGUACAACAAGUUCACAGCCGCUGGGGCUCAGCAGCUUGCCGCUGGCCUGAGAAAGUGCCCUCAGGUGAAGACACUGGCGAUGUGGACGCCCACCAUCCCCUUUGGCGUCCAGGAACACCUGCAGCAGCUGGACCCACGAAUCAUUCUGAGAUGAUCCAGGCUGUGGCUGGGACAAGAGAAAUGAGCCUCCCACAGCAUGCUCUCCGAGGACACUGACCGUGCUGGACCCUCGCCUGGUUCUUUGGGGACACAGCUUUUCUCUGCCUGUGUCCCGUGGGACGUGGUAUUGUGGUGCCCAGCCCCAGUGACUCAGGGUCAGCCCCCGCCCAGCUGGGGAGAGGACCGGCUGCCUGCUCUGUGGACCGACCCCUCGGUUCCCUGGGUGGAUGUCAGCCCUGCUCAGCCACCGCGGCUCUGGCAGGUGGGCGGGCGCCCGGGGGCCGCUGCUGAAUGCCCAGAAGCCCUGAGGCAUUCCCCGAAGGACACUGCGGACAGCCGUGGUCAAGGCCAGGGUGAUGGGUGAGGCGGCCACAGAUCCGCCUGCCCAGGUCCCUUGUGGCCUGGGGGAAAGCACGUUUCCAGGCUGCUCUUCUAGCAGGACCAGCUCCAAGGAUGCCUGUGAGCAUCAUCCAGCCUGUUCAUUUCCCAAAGCACGACGGCUGGAAAUUCUCAGCAGCUGCCUUCUGUCUCUGGGACUCACUGGUUUGCACUGACUCUUUUCACCGAGGCCAAAGCUAGGCCUGGCCAUACACACUGGACCUUCUCGGGGAAAGAGCUGACGAUACACUAACGGAGGAGGGGCGGGGCCGUGGCCUGGACCACAUUCGCCUUUUUGCCUCCAUUUCCUGUUUGUUUGUUUUUUUCCACUACAUAUAAAUCUGUCAUUUAAUCCCA